CCUCUGGGUGAAAGCGCAUGCGCAGAAGUGGCGUUUCGCGGGUACUGUCUUAUGUUUUAAACAGCGCCAUUUAAAGUAAUUAAGUAAAAGGUUCGUUGCGUGUGUGUAGCUAAUAACAGAGCUCCGUCAUGUCGGUCAGCGACAUGUUUUCCUACAUCCAGGGCUUCUUGAGCGCCGACCAAGACGUCCGAGAGGAAAUCCGCAAAGUGGUGCAGGUGCUGGAGCAGACCGCCAGAGAAAUCCUCACUGUUGUCCAAAGUGUCCACCAGCCGUCUGGAUUCAAAGACAUCCCUGAUAAGUGCACAAAGGCCAGAGAAUUGUUUGGCACAGUCCGGACCCACAUUGCCGACUUGAAGACAAAGUUCCCUGUGGACCAAUAUUACAGGUUUCACGAGCACUGGCGCUUCGUCUUGCAGCGUUUGACCUUCCUGGCAGCUUUUGUGGUCUACCUGGAAAGUGAGGCCCUUGUGACCCGCGAGGAGGUGGCACAAAUUCUGGACAUUGAGGUGGUGCGCGACAAAGGCUUCCAUCUGGAUGUGGAGGACUAUCUGGCGGGUGUGCUGAUUAUGGCCAGUGAACUGUCGCGCUUGGCAGUUAACAGCGUGACGGCAGGCGACUACAACCGCCCGCUGCGCAUCUCCAACUUCAUCAACGACCUGGACUCGGGCUUCCGCCUGCUCAACCUGAAGAACGACCCCCUGCGUAAACGCUACGACGGCCUCAAGUACGACGUCAAGAAGAUCGAGGAGGUGGUCUACGACCUCUCCAUUCGCGGACUCAAGAGCGACCAAUAGGAGGCACCGUUGUCAGGAACGCUGCCAGGCCCGGAAGUCCGAGAACCGGGAUCUGACCGAAGGCCCGCCUCGGACGGACAUUAGCCCCUUUCACACUGUUGAUCAGUCAUAAUUGUAAGACUCAUUGGAUCUUUUUGUCGGUUUUCAAGUCUCAGAUAAAACGGUUCAAAGCUAAGUUUGGAAUCAACGCUGUCGAUGUCCAGUCAAGUCAGAAUGACCAGAGUCUGGCAGUUAAUUGGCCGGUCGAUAUUAUGGCUUUUAAAAAUAGGCAAAAAAAAAAUUUCCCCCGGUUUGAUUCAGCCCCCCUUUCCAAGUCGCAACCUUCCACACAGACUGCUAACACAAAGACAACAAUGAUGGGACAUUGUGAAAGGGGCGACUCAAAAGGUGUCCGUAAAUGCCGUUGGUGUGAAUUGGCAAUACGUUAUCGUACACGGUUACUACCGAUAAGCAUCGGAGACGCACGAGAAAGAGAAUUAGAUACCAUGAAAAUAAAGUCGGAAUAUUAUGAGGCGGAUUGUUUUCAAGUAAAAUUUGAUCAGAGGUGCAUUUUUUUACUUGCCCUCCCCCCAUCUCUAUUCCUUUUUUUACCUUAAUUUUAGUUAUAUUAUCUCCUUAAAACACUGCUAAUACUACCCCCCCCCUUAAAAAAUGCAACUUUUAGUUUUGCAAUAUUAUUUUUUUUCCUAUCGGGUACUAUUAGGACAAAUAUGAUUAUAACCCCCCCCCCCCCCCCAAAAAAAAAAGUGACACCAAAGUGGACCUGGUAUGUUUUGUACUGUUGGUUUUUUUUUUUUUUACACAUUUGCUGUCUUGUUUGCCAUGGUGUGCAAAAUGUAAAUAUAUUUGUAUACACAA